GACCAGAGAAGAGAAAUCAUUGUAAUAAAUAUUCCUGGAUAACAUUAAAAUGGCUACGUGGCUAAACACAAGCCUGUGCUGACGCUACUAUUGGAUCUCUCAAGAAACGCAUUGGUAAGGUCCUUUUUGGCACGCAAACAUGGCUUCUCUACUUUGUCCUAUUCCAUGUACACUUAAAAAUAAUUCUAGGAUUGCCUCUGCUUGCUUCUCACCUUUGAAGCUGGCUUCUAGAACUAAUCUCUGUAUCUUCACUAGCCGUUUCAAAGGGAACGCAACAAGGUGUAGUGCAUUUUUUGGGAACGUCCAAGAAGUUCUGGUAGAGAACAACCUUCAUCUAGAUCAAUUUCCUGUUUUCCAAUAUGGGUUUUUGCAAUAUCAGAGAGCUACUGAGGAAUUAUCCGAGAUGCAGAAGUGGGGGUUCCUGGUAUUUGCUGGGGUGACGUGGGUUUAUUUAACUGCAAGGCCUGGUGUUCUUGUGGGUGCCAUUGAUGCUUAUCUUCUGGCUCCUCUGCAACUGGGUUUGGAUAGUUUGAGUGGAAAGAGGAACUUGAAGACUUCAGAUUUUGUGAUAGGAAAAAAACUGGGAGAAGGGAGUUUUGGUGUUGUUUAUUCUGGUGCUGUUGUUCCAAAAAACGUAGCUGCAGAAAGGAAGGUGCAGAAGAGAGGAAGAAAAAAUGACUUGGAGUUGGAUGAGAGGGUCAAGGAGAAGGUCAUUCUCAAAAAGGUAAAGGUUGGAAUCCAAGGGGCUGAAGAAUGUGGCGAUUUUGAGGUGUGGUUUAACUACAGACUGUCCAGAGCAGCUCCUGAAACAUGCGCUGAGUUCCUUGGAAGUUUCGUUGCCGACAAAACAAAUUCACAAUUCACGAAGGGUGGAAAAUGGCUUGUUUGGAAAUUUGAGGGAGAUCGAGAUCUUGCUGAUUACAUGAGGGAUCGCAGCUUCCCUUUAAACUUAGAGUCUCUCAUGUUUGGACGUGUCUUGCAAGGAGUGAAUUCUGUUGAACGUGAUGCAUUGAUCAUCAAGCAGAUAAUGCGCCAAAUUGUUACCUCACUGAAGAAAAUCCACGAUACUGGCAUUGUUCAUCGCGAUGUAAAGCCUGCCAACUUAGUGGUGACAAAAAAGGGACAGAUCAAGCUCAUAGAUUUUGGGGCGGCCACAGACCUUCGUAUUGGCAAGAACUAUGUACCCAAUCGUAGCCUGCUGGAUCCUGAUUAUUGUCCCCCUGAACUAUAUGUACUCCCAGAGGAAACACCAAGUCCUCCUCCGGAGCCAAUUGCUGCACUUCUUUCUCCAAUUCUUUGGCAGCUGAACAGUCCUGAUCUGUUUGAUAUGUAUUCUGCUGGAAUUGUACUCUUGCAAAUGUCAAUACCUGCCUUAAGGUCUACAUCAGGCUUAAAGAAUUUCAAUUCAGAAAUAAAAACAAAUGGAUAUGACUUGAAUAAAUGGAGGGACUACACGCGGUUGAGGGCUGACUUUACAAUUCUUGAUCUUGACUCGGGUAGAGGGUGGGAUCUGGCCACAAGGCUUAUAUCAGAGAGAGGUUUUCUCAGAAGAGGGCGUAUGUCUGCUGCUGCUGCUCUAAGGCAUCCUUAUUUUUUGUUGGGUGGUGACCAGGCAGCUGCUGUUCUUUCAAAAUUAAGCUUUACAAGGAAUGGCAGAAGUAUCGAAGAGGCUCUAUGAAUGCUUCCUGGCCAAUUUACGAACUUGCCAUUUUUGCAUAUGGUGACUGAGAGAUCAAAAUGUUCAUUCUCAAUUGUCAAAUAACUCGCUCUACAAAUUUCAUUAGCUCCAUCAAUGCUGAGGAUAUUUCUGACUGAAGGAGGAUUCAAAUGGUGUGCUGAGGCCAUGACCAUAUCAUUUGACCAGAUUUGGCAAUAAGAUUUAUACCAAUAUCAUCUUUGUAUUUCUGGGAAAUUCUGUAGCAUACAUGUAGUAGCUGAACAAACAUCAGCUCUUUGUUUGGUGAUAUUUCGUUUUUUUUCUUAAAACAUUAAUUGCCACUGUUGUUAAAUCUGGUCUUGAAUUAAAGAUAUAUUUUUCUUCAAAAA